CAAGGUGUUUGUGAAAAAUCCCAAGUGAGAUUUGGGUGACUUUUAAUUCCAGCAACGAUGGCAUAUGAAAAAGAUGGUUCAACCAUGAUUAAGCUGAACACUUCUAACUACUCUUUGUGGAAGACUUUGAUAGAGGACAAGCUAUUUCGUAAAGACCUCUAUGACCCAAUUGAGCACAAAGGUAUCAAACCUCCAAAAAUUAAUGAUGUUGAAUGGAAAAAGAUUGAUCGCAAAGCUUGUGGCGUAAUCCGUAAAUGGGUUGACAUGAGCGUGAUUCAUCAUGUGGCUCAAGAGAAGGAGUCUUAUAAGUUGUGGACUAAGCUUGAAGAGCUGUUUGAAAGAAAGAAUGCCUUGAAGAAAGCAUCACUCAUUAGAAAACUAGUCAAUCUCAAAUACAAGGAGGGCAAGAAUGUGUUUGACCACUUGAAUAAUUUUCAACAAAUUUUGAAUGAACUAGUUACAAUGAAGUUGGCCAUUGAUGAUGAACUGGUUAAAGACAGCAUCUUGAGUGAGGAAUCCAGAAGAAAAGAGCAAGGAAUUAUGAGUUUUGAGUCUAAAGCACUAGUUACUAAGUAUAGAGGGAAGAGUAAGCAAAGGUUUACUCGAAAAGACAAUGACAGACAGUCUCAAGAGAGGUACAGCAAGGGGAAGUCCAAAGGUAGAUCAAAAUCCAAGAGUAGAGUGAUUUGUUACACUUGUGGAAAGCAAGGUCAUUAUCAAAAAGACUAUUGGCACAACAAAGAUAAAAAUAUUAAGAAGAUGGCUGAUACUCAUGGAGAGAAGGAGGCCAAGGAGAACACUACUGCAAUCACUUCUGAUGAUGAAGUAUACCUGUUGUGUGAGAAUGAUAGCAUUGAUGUUGCUCAUCAUGAUUCUACAUGGGUUGUUGAUACUGCUGCUUCUUAUCAUGUCACACCAAAUAAAGACUGGUUUAGUUCUUAUAAAGAAGGUGAUUUUGGUUAUUUGAAGAUGGGAAACAGAUUCGAAGCCAAGAUUGUGGGUGUUGGUGAUGUUUGGCUUGAAACAAACAUCAGGUCCAAGCUGAACUUGAAAAAUGUGAGACAUGUUCCUAAAAUAAGUCUCAAUUUGAUGUCCAUGGGUAUGCUAGAUGAUGAUGACUACCUUAAUUAUUUCAGUAAUGGCACUUGGAAACUCACAAAGGGCACUGUGGUUGUGGCUAGAGGCAAGAAGAGAUUUUCACUCUAUGAAACUCAAGCAAAACAGUGUCAAAGACAUAUCAAUGUUACAGAAGUUGAUGCUACUGAGUUAUGGGACAAGAGACUUAGGCACUUGAGUGAGAAGGGACUUCAAAUCCUUAGCAAAAAGGAACUCGUACCCAGCUUUAUAGUUAAUCUUUCUAAAACGGAAGUAGAUAACCAGCAAGUUCAAGAGCCUAUUGUUGAACAUUUUGUUGAAGAAGAAACACACCAAGAAGAGCAAAAAGAAUGGUUGAUGGCAAUGCAAGAAGAAAUGGGUUCUUUACAAGAGAAUGGGACUUAUGAGCUGGUAGAGCUUCCAAAGGAUAAAAAGGCUCUUAACAAAAAGUGGGUUUUCAAAGUAAACUUUGAAGUGAACAAUCUGAAUCCUAGGUUCAAAGCUAGAUUAGUGGUGCAGGGCUUUGGACAACAAAAGGGCAUUGAUUAUGAUGAGAUUUUCUCACCAAUAGUAAAAAUGACAUCUAUUCGAGCUAUUUUGGCUUUGGUAGGUAGCUUAAAUUUAGAAAUUGAACAGGUUGAUGUUAAUACAGCUUUUCUCCAUGGUGAUCUUGAGGAAGGGAUCUAUAUGAAGCAACCAAAGGGUUUCAAGGUGCAAGGCAAGAAGAAUCUAGUUUUGCAAAUUGAAAAAAAGCUUAUAUGGUCUCAAACAAGCUCUAAGGCAAUGAAAGACAAGAAGCUAUGGUUGUCACAAGAAAAAUAUACUGAGAAGGUACUUGACAGGUUUAACAUGAGUAAAGCAAAACCUGUGAGCACUCCACUUGCUUGCCAUUUCAAAAUUAGCACAGAGCAGUGUCCAACAAGAAAGGAGCAAGCAAAAUACAUGAAGAAUGUGCUCUAUGCUUCUGCAGUUGGUAGUCUAAUGUAUGCUAUGGUAUGCACAAGGCCAGAUAUAGCUCACGCAGUGGGGGUAGUGAGCAAAUUUUUAUCCAAUCUUGGCAAGCAACAUUGGGUAGUAGUUAAGUGGAUUUUCAGGUAUCUUAGAGGUACAUCUCACAUGUGCUUAUGUUAUGGUGAGCAUGAACCAUUACUUAAUGGCUAUAGUGAUGCUGAUUUGGGUGGACAUUUAGAGUCUAGAAAGUCCACUUUAGGAUACUUGAUGCUUUAUGCAAGGGGAGCAAUUUCAUAGAAGUCAAAACUGCAGAAAAGUGUAUCAUUAUCCACUACAAAAGUUGAGUAUAUAGCUCUUUUUAAAGCAAGAAAGGAGAUUGUAUGGAUGAAGAUGUUUUUUUGAAGAAUUGGGUCUUAAGCAAGAGAGAUUUGUGCUGUUUUGUGAUAACCAAAGUGUGAUUUACUUGAGCAAGAACCCAUAGUUCCACUCUAGAACCAAGCAUGUUGAUUUGAGGUAUCAUUGGAUACGUGCUGCAAUUGAAGAAAAGGCGCUUGAUGUU